AUGAAAAAGUGUCUAGUUAAUGGUGAAUUGCCACCAAUUAUUAUGGUAUCUAGUGACAAUGACCACAAGUUUGCACCAUCAAACCGUAAAGGGCAAGUUCGGAUGGCGUUUUUGUGGGAAAUAUUUAAUCUUGAUGUUUUGAUACAUAGUUCCUAUGCACCAAACUGUAGUAAGUAUAAUCGUGUAGAGAGAGAAAUGGCACAACUGUCUAAAGUUUUAAUAGGACAUGUUGAUUUAGACAGAAAACCCUUUGGAGAAGAUAAAAAAGCAAAGCAAAAGAAUGCUAAUGCUGUGCUUGAGAAGUUGAAGGAAAUUUUUUUAAGAGCAGGCCCAAAGUAUUUUGUAAAUUCUGCAAGUGUCUACCAAACAGAACGUACACCUUUGCUUGAACAUUGGCCUACAUUUGAGGAGAUUGAUUUAUUUUUAGAAGGAAAGAAUCAAGAUGAUGAAAAAAUCAAAAGUUUGUUAAAAAAAAUUCACACUCACUCCGAGCAAGGAAAUGGAUUGAAUCUUUUUGUUCUGAGAAAAUGUGAUGAUCCAACAUGUUGUUCACCAAAAAGAGCAUCCAAAUAUUGGGAAAUUACUAGUAGCUUUGGUGGUUUUAUUCCAAGUCCACUCAUAGAUCCUACUCGCUCCAACGAAAAGAAUGAACAUUUUUAUUCCUAUGAAGACAGAAACAAAAUUUCAGGAGUUCAAAUGGAUGUCGACUUUCCUAGUUUGAAAGGAAAUGCUGCUACUUGUGGCAAAUGUAAUAGAAGAAUUCAUUCUGAAAUAGAUAGGAAAAUUCAUGAAAAUAUUUGCCAUCCAACAAGAACGGAUUUGUUAUUGGAUGCUGAUAUUUCUUUGGAAGACAAAAUAUCAUCUCCUGUUCCAACAGGAACAAAAGGGAGAUCUUUAGCAAAGCAUUAUUCUAACCUCGUAGAACAAGCAAAACAGAAUGCACUAAUUGAGGUUGAACGUGAACAACAAUUAAUCCAAAAUUUAAACAACCCACAACCACUGAUUAGAAGAAAGAACAAAAAGAAAUAG